AAAGAACACACCUGUCUCUCGUCGACUUUGGGCCCCCUCCGAGGACUAGCAAGAUGGCUGCCGUAGAAAUUAAGCCUUUCUUCGAAGUGGCGCCUGGUCCGGCUGCUCCCGAGCCCAGCCGCAUCGCCUCCAUCAUAGCCAGCCUUAACAUGCUGCCGCAUAUCGAGGGAGGCUACUUCGUCGAGACGGACCGCGACCCCCUGCUCAUACCAUCGCCGUUCCCCCUCGACCCGGCCUCGGAGAAGACCUUAUCGCUCGUGCCCCAGCGCCCGGGCUUCGAUCCCAAGGUCCGGAACGCCAGCACCAGCAUCUUCUACCUGUUAACGCCCCGCUCGCCGCAGGGCAACUUUCAUCGCAACCGGGCCCGGACGGUCCAUACACUGCACAAGGGCCGAGGUCGGUACGUGCUCAUCCACGAGGGUGGCAGGAUUGAGACUUUUGUGGUGGGGCCGGAUGUAGCCAGUGGUGAGCGGCUGCAGUGGAUUGUGGAGGGCGGUAUCUACAAGGCUAGUUUCCUGCUGCCGGAUGUGGAGGGAGCUCAGGGGAGCGAGGAGGGCUUGUUGAUUUCCGAGACGGUGGUGCCGGGGUUUGAGUACUGUGAUCAUGACUUUCUGACGAGGGCUGGGCUGACGGAGCUGUUGGGAGAGAGCACGGCCAAGACGUUGGAGUGGGCUGUCAGGACGGAGGUAUAGGUGGUGGAAAAGGUGUCGGGCGAGUCAUUCAAUGUCCUGCCGAAGUCGUGGAUACAUAAUUAUCUAGACUGGAGCAUCAUAUACACAGUCCUGGAGAAUGUAUCCAAGGACGUGAACGUGUGUAUAUGCCUUGCAGUAGUCCCUGUCUACUAAAUUAGUACCCGUGAACUAAAGAAGCAUGCGUAUUGGUAUUUCUCUUUUAUUUUCUCGU